GUAAAUUCGACAUUGAUGACUAUUUUUUUCUCUUUCUAAAUUCUAAAUCUCUGUAUCUUUCUUUAACUGGAGGUGGUGGCAAUGGCGGUUCCAGUGGUCAAGUUUCCGAUCUUCUUCGUGAUAAGGAUCAUCGGCAUCGCAGUGGCAGCUCUGGUACUGACUUGGAAUAUGCAUUACAGAGGAGGAUUGGCUCUCAUCUCCGACGAAAAAACCCGCAUCUUCAAUGUCCAUCCUGUUUUAAUGGUUACUGGCCUUGUACUUUUGAAUGGUGAAGCCAUGCUGGCAUACAAAACAGUAUCCAGAACAAAAAGCUUCAGAAAGCUGAUUCAUCUUUCAUUGCAAUUCCUGGCUUUCUUCUUGAGCAUAAUCGGUCUAUGGGCUGCUUGGAAGUUUCACAGUGAUAGGGGCAUUGAUCACUUUUACAGCCUGCAUUCAUGGUUGGGCCUUGCUUGCCUUUUUUUAUUUGGCAUCCAGUGGGCUGCUGGAUUUGCAACCUUUUGGUAUCCUGGUGGUUCAAGGAACAACAGAGCUACCUUGUUGCCAUGGCAUGUAUUCUUUGGGGUGUACGUUUAUGCUCUUGCUCUCGCUACCUGCACCACAGGUAUUUUAGAGAAAGCCACAUUUCUUCAAACCCACCAGAUAAUAUCACGUUAUUCUACCGAAGCUUUGUUAGUGAACUCUUUGGGUGUCUUGAUUAUUGUUCUGGGUGGUUUUGUUAUUCUGGCGGUCAUCUCUCCUAUGAAUGGCAAAAGUGAUGUUCUCAGAGGAUCAAUAGAGUAGGCAUGAGUUUUGUCUAUUUGAACUUCUACUGUAACUGAGAGUUGUAUCCGUUUGGAAUUCAAUUGUUACCAAACAGGGUGUGUACUUGUACAUGGGAAUUUUUUUCCAUACCCGAGACAUGAAAGAAGAGAUGUAGCUGAGUUGAAAUUCAAUAAAACUUUCCUGGACUGGCUGUUUGAUCAC